GUGGCGGCCCCCGCCCCCGCUGCUGCCUGCGCGCGGCCGGCACCUGGUGUCCCGGGGCGGGCGAGCUGCGGCGGGGCAGCGGAGGGAUGCUCCCCGCCAGCGCGUCGUACCGACCUCCCUGCUCUUGCGUUUGAGAUUUCUUCGUAGUGACUUUUUUCCCCUUUAAACACGGACUCCUUGGCUAAUACUAAAACACGCGUCCUGCGGAGUUUCCCGUCUGAUUGCCCCGGGAUGGAGCCCCCGUUAUUGCUGCGGGUUCAGGGCUCUCUGGGGGACUCUCUGGGCGGCUGAUGCGCCCCGGGGCUGGUGCCGCGGGGCUGGUACCGCCGGCCGGAUCCGUUGUUUGCCAAGGGUGGCAAAGGGACCAUAUUACUCCUUCUCCAUUUGUUGGCUUUCAAAGUGUUCUGACUUCCCACAUUCCGUUAUGCUCACCUCUGUUGCAAACUGCAACCUGACAGCAAAGCCUCGGCAGGUUAAACCGCCUCAUUACCGGAGGAAGGCUGCAUCUCGGAAGUGGAAAGCAUCACCUAAGUGACACCUGUGCGUGCGGUGAGGGGGCAGGAGGGCCGACGGGUCCCCAAAUGGAGAAAGAGGAGGUGAUGUGGCAGUUAGACAGGGUGGAAGAUGUCUAUGGAUGUGACGUUUCUGGGUACGGGUGCAGCAUACCCGUCCCCAACCCGGGGUGCCUCUGCACUGGUCCUUCGGUGUGAGGGCGAGUGCUGGCUCUUUGACUGUGGGGAGGGGACUCAGACACAGCUUAUGAAGAGCCAACUUAAAGCAGGGAGAAUUACCAAGAUCUUCAUUACGCAUCUUCAUGGAGACCAUUUCUUUGGCCUUCCUGGCCUCCUCUGCACAAUCAGCCUGCAGAGUGGCUCUGUGGUCACCAAACAGCCUAUUGAAAUCUAUGGCCCUGCCGGGCUUCGAGACUUUAUCUGGCGAACCAUGGAACUCUCCCACACGGAGCUGGUCUUCCCUUACGUGGUUCAUGAGCUGGUGCCUACAGCAGAUCAGUGUCCUACAGAAGAACAAAAAGAAUUUACGCAUGUGAAUGAAAUGGACAACCUUCCCAAGGAGGGGCAAGGAAGAACCAUCCUAUUAGACUCAGAGGAAAACUCGUACCUCCUUGUUGAUGAUGAACAGUUUGUUGUAAAAGCAUUUCGCCUCUUUCACCGAAUUCCCUCCUUUGGGUUUUCAGUUGUGGAGAAGAAACGCCCAGGUAAACUCAAUGCACAGAAACUGAAAGACCUCGGUGUGCCUCCAGGUCCUGCCUAUGGGAAGCUGAAAAAUGGAAUUUCUGUUGUUCUGGAAAAUGGAGUUACAAUUUCUCCCCAAGAUGUCUUAAAAAAGCCUAUUGUUGGAAGAAAAAUCUGCAUUUUGGGUGACUGUUCUGGGGUUGUGGGUGAUGGAGGAGUGAAGCUGUGCUUUGAAGCAGACCUGUUGAUCCAUGAAGCAACCCUAGAUGAUGCUCAGAUGGACAAAGCCAAGGAGCACGGCCACAGCACACCACAGAUGGCAGCAGCAUUUGCAAAGUUGUGCCAAGCGAAGAGACUAGUUCUGACUCACUUCAGUCAGAGGUACAAACCGGUUGCCUUGGCCAGAGAAGGAGAAGCAGAUGGGAUUGUAGAACUAAAAAAGCAAGCUGAAUCAGUAUUAGAUCUCCAAGAAGUGACUCUAGCAGAAGACUUUAUGGUGAUUGGCAUUCCGAUCAAGAAAUGAAACCAAUAUUCCUGAACGCGUACUGACAUGUCUGUGAAUAUGUUACUGAACCAACAGUCAAGUUGGUGGUGGUGGUGGUGGUAGUGGUUGUUUUUGGUCUAAAACUAUUUGGGUCCUAAUAAUCCUAUAAAGGAUAGAGCUUCAUUGCUGAACUGACCCAGCAGUGAGAGGGAGCAAGCUUUUUGAUAAUAAAUCAUUUUUAAAAGAAAGAAAAAAACCCAGCAUCCUAUUAAAGCCCAAAUUUGACAAAAUGAUAGGCUAUUCAGGUAUCCUUCUCGUUUUGUGGCUGCUGCUUCAGUUAGAAGCCAGUACUCCCAUGCGAUCCUGGCUCGCUUCUGCCCAGUUUUAUUGCUGUUGUUGGCAAAGUACAAAGGGCUUGGCCCUCCUGGCUAAAAAUGGUAUUUUGGCAGUUUGUUGAAUCUGUUCAUGUUAUUAUCAGAGAAAUGUAAUGAGAUACUGUACAUGCAGGAUUGAAGCUAGUGUAUUAAAUCCUGAUUUGUUUGCUGGUAUACUAAAUGCAGGGUCAGGGUAGGUGUUUAUCCUUCAGUUAAUGUUUCUGGAACUUUCUGGUUUGUUCUAAACCUGUGGGUCCCACCUGGGAGUGAUGCCACUCCCCUAGAAAUUAUGGGGAUGUUUCUUAUCAAAAUGACUUGGGGGCAGGAGAAGAGUACUACUAGAAUUUAGUCAGUAGGGGUCAGGGUUGCUAGACCCUACAAAGUUUGGGUCAAUCAUAUACGAUGAAAAUUGAUCUUUCCCCAAAAUGCAAAUUGCAGACCUAUUGAAAUACACAGCAAGUUAAAACUUAUACUCCCACUGUGAAUGAAUAUACUUUAUCAAAAUUAGUGGCGUGAAUGGAACCACUGGUUAGGUCAAAUUCUGCAACUAACAUUAAAGAAGUGAAGACGA